AUGUUGCCGAGCCUUCUACAAGUCACUCAAUACGAGUCGGCCAAACAGUGGGAGUACACGGACUUGACCCUAGAGUGCGCUGGCAUCAGGUUUCCCAUCCACCGUGUCAUCGUCUACCCGAAGGUCGCCGCCAUCAAGGCUGCCUGUGAGAGGGGAUUCAAGGAGACAUCCACUCGCGUAUACUCCAUCGACGGAUUUGAACCAUCCACUGUGGAACUACUGAGGGAAUACCUCUAUACCGGAGACUACACCACAGAGCACGAGACGCGUGAUGACUAUGGGAUUGUUACUUUAAAUAACGACCCUAUUUUAUCCGAAGCACUGAUGCCCCAACUCCGUGUUGCUGCAAUUGCGGAUUACUUCGAUAUUCAACCGCUGCAGAAGCUCAUUCUCGUAAAGGUGGAUGAGGUCCUCAAGAUACCAUGGUCGUCCGAAGGCUUUGCAGAGGCCGUCAAUUUAGCCUUCGAGGUGAACGAUGAAACUCUUCGUAGCAAGAUGGCCACAAUUGUGUUCGAUCAUUUGGAGGACCUUCUUCAUCAAGAGUUCCCGGCCCCGUUCUUUGCAAACGACCUAUCAAGACGGGUGUUCCGCUUGACGCAGAAUAGAAAACGGGACAUGGAGGGCGAAAUCAAGGAAUUGUCGAACGAGAAGGCGGCCCUGCUCAACCGGCUCGAACAGGCGGUGAUGGGGUACAAAUUGGCCGUUGUGUAUAAUGGCCAUAGCUUUGUGUUGAAAGGCACUUGUCUCAAAUGUGGGCAGAUUAGGAAUUACAACAAGAGCGAGCUUGACUCCCCGCAUUGCGAGAGAUGUCAACUGUGGUUGUCUUCGUGA